ACCGAUAGCUUCCGUAACGAACAUCCGAGCUCGUCCACUCUUGUUCUUUCUCUUUCAUUCUUUUCCUCUUUAUUCCAAAGUGUGAUUUUCCCGUGUAACAAUUUUCAUGUGAUUCAGUGAUUUAUCAUUGGUGUACAAAACUUUAAAUUUAUGCGAAUUUGUGAAAAAUUAUGUGUAAAGUUCAGUGAGAAAUGAACUAAAAUGCAGGUUCAUAGCAUGAGUAUUGAAGAGCGGAGUGCGCGAAGACGAGCCAAGACGAUAACGAUCUUUUUUUUACGACAAAACGAAUAAAGCGACAAGCGAUAUUUUUCUAUAAUUUUUCUAACGACAUUCGAUUAGCUUUAUGAAAAUUUUUAUAAACCGAUAUUCAACGAAAAUCUCACGUCUAUUUGACGGGCUGUACAAAUUUUCAUCGAUUUCUCCCUCGCGCGCGCAGCUGUCUAUUAUCCAAAGCCAGCUGUUUUACUUGACUUUACGAUCGAAAUAAACAGUGUUUCUUUUAGUAAUCGAUUUUAUUUCAAGUCAAGUGCUUAGUCAAAAUUCUUGAUUGUGCUCGCGUUCUAAUGUAAUAAUGCAGCUGUCCAGAAAAUUUACAAAAUCCAUGUCUGAAUGACCCUUUGCCGUAACAAUCAUGGAACGUGCGUCGGCGUGCUCGGCGCUGAUGUUGCUAUUGUUGUCGUUGCUGCUGCUACCAGGGGACACUUUGUCUGCGCGUGCCGGAAAGCAACUGAAGCAAGGUCCAAAUGGCUUGAGCAAAAGCCUGAAGAAUGGCGGUCUUUUUCCGCCAGUGUUCAACGUAGCAACGAGAGCAGACAUCCAGGUGAACGCGACAUGUGGUGAGGAUGGACCGGAACAGUUCUGCAAACCUUCAGAUUCGCUGCGCUGCGCCGUCUGCGAUUCCAGAAGCCCCGAUCCGAACAAGCGACACAGAAUCAAUUUGGCUCUCGAUUCGAAUCCAGGACACUGGUGGCAGAGUCCGACAUUGGCACGCGGAGAUCAUAAUGAAUACGUAACCAUCAUUCUCGAUCUUAAGCAACAUUAUCAAAUAGAAUAUGUAAUUGUGAAAGCUGCUAAUUCUCCGAGACCCACUGCAUGGAUAUUGGAGAAAUCGAACGACGGGUAUAAUUAUCAAGCUUGGCAAUAUUACGCUCCGAACGAUGAAGAAUGUUGGAGUCGGUAUUCGCUGCCACCCGCACUAGGAAAGCCGACUUAUAAACAAGAUAAUGAUGUUAUUUGCACGAGUUUUUAUUCGCGUCAAACACCGAUGGAAAAUGGAGAGAUCCACACGCAACUGUUGAAUGGCCGACCCGGGGCCUUGAAUCAUAGCGAUGCCAUCGAGGAAUUCACUCGAGCUCGUUAUGUGAGGCUGCGUUUGCAGAGCCUUCGCAGACGAGGAGAAACGAUCGUCGACAAAAGACGAGCUUUCUAUUCGAUUCGAGAAAUCAACAUCGGUGGAAGAUGUCUUUGCUCCGGCCAUGCAUCCCGAUGCAAAUCAAACGAGCAACGCAAGCGUCAGGAGUGCGAAUGCGAAAGGCACACAUGCGGCGACACGUGCGAAAAGUGCUGCCCGAUGUACAAUCAAGUGCCUUGGAAGGCCGGCACGUCAGGUCGGGGCUUCCACUGCGAGAAGUGCAACUGCCACGGACACGCCAGCUCAUGCCGCUACGACGCCGAGGUCGCCGAGAAGAGGCUGUCUCUCGACAGCCGCGGAAAGUACAAAGGAGGCGGCGUAUGUCUCAAUUGCACGGAACAUACGACUGGAAUAAAUUGUGAGAAAUGCGAGCUCGGAUACUACAGGCCCAGUGGAAUCUCAGCCGAUGACCCUGAACCCUGCGUCCCGUGCGGAUGCUACGAGCGUGGAAGUAGCGGCUUUUGUACAGCCGACGACUCACUCAAGCAUUUAGGAAAGAUCGCCGGCCAGUGCGAGUGCAAGCCCGGCUUCGCGGGACCCAAGUGCGAUCGAUGCGCAUCGGGCUACAGACAGUUCCCGGACUGCGUGGCCUGUCCCUGCGACUCGCGCGGCAUCCUGCCGACUCACGACUGCGAGGGCGACUGCCUCUGCAAGGCUCACGUCCACGGCGAGUACUGCGACCGCUGCAAGCCCGGAUACUUUGCGCUCGCUCGGCAAAUCGACGAGGGUUGCUUGACCUGUGUCUGCUCGGCCGUCUCGAGCGACUGUACAGCCGCUAAGGUCACUUAUUUCACGCAAAAAAGCUCGUUCGGCUGGCAGGUGACGGACAUGAACGGCUCGCGAGCCAUGGUGCCGAGCCUGCAGGACGAGGACGGCUGGCCCAAGUUCGCGUCUUACGAGGUCGAGUACCGUCACCCGUACUGGCUCGCGCCCAAACUCUACUCCGGAAACCGGCUGUCCUGCUACGGGAGCAAUCUAACUUUCUUGGUGCGCUGGAUCGUGAUGCGCGGGGACAGCAGCGGCAGUGCGACGACCGAGCCGGAUGUCAUACUUAUCGGUAAAAACGGCAUGCGAAUUGCCUAUGGCGAAGAGAGCUACGACGGCCAGGAAGCCGAAAUUAACGUGACUCUGCACGAGGCUGGCUGGUACCACGUGCACCUAAGUCCCGAGAUAGUCGACGGGGUUGGUCGUUUCCACAGCAGCGAGUAUCGAGCUGGACCGGUUACGAGAGCAAACAUGCUGGCUGUACUGUCCGACGUCGAGCACCUACUCAUCCGAGCCCAAUAUCACACCGAGCAGAUCGAAGCGAGUUUGAAAUCGGUUCAAUUGCCGAUCGGCGAGGUAUCUAUGGACAGUGGAAAACCAAGUUUCAUUGAGAUGUGCACCUGUCCUGCUGGCUAUACUGGAUUAUCUUGCGAGUCCUGUGACUGGGGCUACGCAAAAGUUCAAAUAAACUCUACGGACCAUCAAAGUAAACAUCAAUGUGUCAAGUGCGACUGCAAUGGGCAUGCAGCUACUUGCAAUCUCGUCAUGGAUGAAUGUAGUGUUUGCGAGCACAACACUGUGGGUGCCAAGUGCGAUCGUUGCGCCCUAGGGUAUUACGGCGAUGCAACCAGAGGAACCCCCGACGACUGCAAGAAGUGCGCUUGUCCUUUGGACGUUGCGUCCAAUAACUUCAGUCCUAGUUGCCAAGUAGAUAAUCCCAACGACGUAGAUAGCGGUUACGUGUGUACCCAGUGCCCCGCGGGCUACACCGGCGACCAUUGCGAGACAUGUGAUUUUGGAUACUUUGGUAAUCCACUGACCAUUGGCCGAGGCUGCGAGCCUUGCCCUUGUUACGGGGCACCUUGCGACCAGGAAACCGGCCGUUGUCUUGAAUGUCGAGGCAAUACCGAAGGCUGGAAAUGCGAUAAAUGCAAGGAAGCUUACUACGGCAAUCCAUCCGAGCUCAACUGUUUACCGUGUGCCUGUGAUCCUCUUGGCAGUUCUUCACAUCUGUGUGAUCCAAAAACUGGACAGUGCACGUGCACGGGCCUGUUCGAUGGUCGGGACUGCUCGGUAUGCAUCGAAGGCUACGGGAACGUCACGGCUGGAUGCGUUGAAUGCGACUGUGGAAUUGGAGCCAUCGAUGGACAAUGCGAUCGUCGAACUGGACUGUGCGCUUGCAAUCCAGGCACGUCGGGCCCCAAAUGCGAUCGCUGCGAGGUGGAUCAUUUUGGAUUAUCUUUCGAUGGUUGUACAGCAUGUGCAUGUGAUAAUUUGGGAUCAUUUUCACCAUCAUGUGAUAUCGUCACUGGUCAAUGCUCAUGUAAACCUAACGUAAUUGGAAGGCAAUGCGAUCGAUGCUUGGCAGAUCAUUGGGGCCUCGUGAUGGGAAUGGGCUGUCAAGCCUGCGGCUGUGAUCCGGUUGGCGCUUACAAUGAAUCUUGCCACGAAGUCACCGGUCAAUGUCAUUGCAAACCCGGAGUCGGAGGCUCGAGAUGCGACGUCUGUCUACCUGGACAUUAUGGAUUUUCCCAUGUUGGGUGCCAAGCUUGCGAACCGUGCAAUCGUCCCGGGCACAUCUGUAAUCCGUUGAACGGCCGAUGCACCUGCCCAGCUCUGAGUCUAGGCGAGCAGUGCGAUCGGUGUCGGCCAGGAAGCUUCGGCUUGCGUCCGGGAAUCGGCUGUCAAGCCUGCGCCUGCAGCACAGCUGGCUCGAUCAAGUUGCACUGCAGUCAGAUCGACGGUCAGUGCCCGUGCCGCGAGGGCUUUGCCAGCCGCCAGUGUAAACAGUGCGCUCCGGGCUAUUACGAUUAUCCCCGCUGCAAACCUUGCAAUUGUGACCCCGAUGGAUCCCUCGGACAAUGCGACGCUUCUGGCCAGUGCCCUUGUAAAGAAAACGUCAAAGGUCGCAAAUGCAAUGAAUGUGUCAAAGGCACGUUUGGUCUAUCUCAGAACAAUUCCAGGGGAUGCACAGAGUGCUUCUGUUUUGGUCGAUCGAACACUUGUCGACAAGCUGAGCUAAGCUGGGGACAAAAACGAUUACCUCGACCACGAGUACUUUAUGUCAACGAUACCGUUAAUGAAGUUGUUAUUUCAAAUUAUGACUCUUCGAUUGUAUUGCCGCACUACAACAGUGGAUUGAAUAAAUCCAACUCGCUUUACGUUGUUCCUGGUACUGAUGGUGAUGUCACAUUACCCAUGAAUUUUUACCGAGAAUAUCCGGUUUAUUGGCAGUUACCAAGUACCUUUCUUGGCGAUAAGGUCGCGUCCUACGGUGGUUAUCUUCGAUUCACCACGAUUACCGAUGGCGGAUAUGUAUUACGCGAAGGGUAUAAAUUUCCUCAAGUUCAACUACAUGGCAACGGGAUCGUUCUUGAACAUUACCUCUCAAACACCUAUAACGACAGUUGUUACCUCGUAAAAUUCGAUGAAUCAGUUUGGCAACUGAAAAGUAGACCCGAAACAAAAGUAACUAGACAAGUACUCAUGGUUGCCUUGCAAAAUGUCCAGCACAUUUUUGUCAAAGCUUCAGAUUUUACCGAUUUUCCUAGAGCAACUUUAAUGGAAGCUUCGAUAGACAUAGCUAGUCUCUCUGGAAUCCGCUCAGCACCUGUGGCGAGCAGUGUUGAGCACUGUGAGUGCCCGAGCGAGUACAAUGGGACUUCCUGUCAGGAUCCAAGCUCUGGCUAUUACAGGUGGAGGGAAUUCAACAUCACAUCUAUACGAGGAAAUGACUACAACGAGCUCAUUGGUCGUGCCAAAAAAUGCCGUUGCAACAACAGAUCGGACGUCUGCGAUAUUGAAACUGGACACUGUCUUAACUGUCGAGACAAUACGGCUGGUCGCAACUGCGAGAUCUGCGCCGAGAGCUACUUUGGCGAUCCAAAUUAUGGAGGAUGUCACGCGUGCCCGUGUCCCCAGCGAGAUAAAAAGUUUUCCAACACGUGCAUUUUGCGCGCUGACAACCAAGUCGUCUGCGUUUGCAAGCCAGGCUACGCGGGCAAUAGGUGCGAGCGGUGCGCGUACGGGCACUUUGGCUAUCCCAGCAGACCGGGCGGCAGCUGCGAACCGUGUCGCUGCAACGCCGCUGGAAGCGCCAGCGACGAGUGCGACACCGAAACCGGACAAUGCAACUGCAGACCCGGCUCUACCGGCCGGGACUGCUCCCAGUGCGAGGAGGAGCGCAAGGUCUACGUGGGACUGCAGUGCAUGUCCUGCAACGACAAUUGCACUGGUCUGUUGCUCGACGAAUUGGAGGAUAUGAGGUACGAGUUUGCGAAUGCUACGACGCACGUCAAGGCCGGUUACAUUACGCCUCCGUGGGAAGCACUGGCCAACAUCGACGACAAUGCCACACUCGUGCUCCAACAAAUUCAGCAAAAUAAACACUUCCAAUACCAACUGGAACAGCUACCCUGGCAACAUUACCGAUCCUUCGCCGUGCGAUCCGAACAAUUGCUAAAAACGGCUAUGAAUAGUCUCAAUAAUGCCAGAAUAAUCAACUCACAAUGCGGCGAUUUUCAAAAUAAUGUUUACAGUUUGCAAAUUGAAUUUGAACAUUUAAAACGCGAAUUGAACAAUACGAUUACAGAGUUAUCAUAUUAUGGAAGUGAUAACAAUAAAUUAGAAAUUAGUAAAUCUUUAAAAAGGGCUCACAAAAUAUUGAAUGAUAUUAAGCUUCUUGACAUACCUAAACGAACUAAGAUAUUUGAAAAUAUAACAAGUGAGUGCACCGUUCACAUCGAAAUGCUACAUGAAAUACUCUUAUCGAUGGAACCUGUGACCAUGUAUAAAUCAGAAGCACAUGAUUAUUAUUCAAAAUUAAAAGAUUUUCAAAGAAUUUUAGAAAUUAUAAUGGAAGAUAUGUUUACGUAUGAUUCUUAUUACAAUGAAGUAAAUCAAACUUAUGGAGUAUUUCAAAUUCAAAAAGUUGAAGUAGAAAAAGUAAGUUCAGAUUUAAAUCAAUCACUAGAUGAAGGACAAGAUUAUGUUGAGCAGGGAUUAAAGUGCAUAAUUGAUGCGGAAAAUAAUUUACAAAUCAUACCAGAACUGCAAGAAAAAUUAGAAGAAGCUACAAAAAAUCUUAGUAUCAUUGAAAAAAUUCAAUAUCGAUUAAAUUAUGAGUAUAAAAAUGACUUUGUAAUCGAAGCAACGGCUCACGCUCAAAAAUUGUCCGACUAUGUUGAACAGUACAUUGGCUUAUUUUUGGCUACUCGUGCUCAAGCUGCAAAUCCCCUGAAGGCUAGUCAAGCGUACAGAAACAUUGUCAAUGAUUUGAUUGCAGCCAGAAACGAUGCUCAAGAUGCAAACAUAAUUCUAGAUGGAGUUAAAGCUCAGAUUUACCCCGAUGGAAUAAAUUAUACAAAUUUAUUGGACAAUGCUUUAGAAAUCGGACGCCGAUCAAGCGAGCAAUUAGAGCGAACCAAAAACCAUACUUUACCUGUAAUUCAAGCAAGAAGUAAUUUAAAUAAUCAAAAACAAUCGGUCGCAGAUUUAAAGCAUUCUUUGAAUACAAUGGGAAACAGCGAUAAUAAUAUCAAUGUAAAGCUUAGAGAACUGCAAAGCAACAGUCAAAAAUUGACAGAAACCGUAAACUUGUUGUUAUUAGAAAAUGAAAAAACUGACGAUCUGAUAUCAGCAACGAAACGAUUGGUCAAAGAUUAUCAGCAGGGGAUCGUGGACGAUUUAAAUCCACGUUUGGCUGAAUUGAAACGUCAAGGCGAUUCGAGUAUUAGCCUAGCUAGUGAAAAGGUUGCCGAAGCUCAGAGUACCAUUAAGAUGUUAGAUGCCAAAGUAACGAGCUUAACAUCAGCUUCAGACAAGAGACAAGGCAAAUUUGACAAGUGGAAUAGUACUCUAGCAACAAAAUUACAAAUUUUGAAAGAUAAGAUAGCAGAAGCCAGAAAUACCGCUGAUGGGAUUCGAGUUUCAAUCAGAUCAGCAGAAGGUAAAAAAUGCGUGCGAUCCUAUCGGGCAGCGGACUUGCAACCAUCAUCGACGACGACGAUUGUUAUGACUCUCGCCAUACCUGAAAGCCAAAGAGAAGGUUUACUGUUUUACCUAGCUAGUAGUAUAAAUGAUGAUUACGUGGCCAUUGAAAUGUAUGAUCGUAAAAUAAGAUUUGUGUGGAACGUCGGAGGUGGUACUGGCGUGGUCACUCAUCCCCAAAUUCUUAACGCAGGAAGCCUAACCGACGAAACCAUGUGGUACCGCAUCGAAGCGGAAAGAAUAAGGCACCUUGGAAAGCUAAGCGUCAGCAAACAACUAUCGAGAAGCAAUAAUUACCUUCCUGUUGUCAACAUGACAAGCUCAGAAUUCGGCCUCCUCGACGUCACAUCGUUGGAUCGUAUUUGGAUCGGAGGCCUUCCCGAACUGCAGUUUAAACCAGCUAGCCUCAUAGCUCCUGUCGGUUUGCCAGCUUGCGUUCAUCAGGUUAUUUUGGAUGGCAAGCCAAUUGGGCUCUGGAAUUUUCUGAGUAAUGCUCCCGAUAACGCGUGUCGGCCCUGCACCGAAGGUGUCGAAUACAUGUCUAGCGAUGUAUCAUAUAGCUUUAAUGGAAAAGGGUAUGCUGUAAGAAGUCGAGUUAACUCUGGGCCUUACAACAAAUACACAUUUGGCGUAUCCAUCAGUUUUAGAAGUUACGAUGAAGAUGCUUUGCUCUUCCUCGCGAUCGAUCUCGAUAACCCGGAGAGUCACAUUGUGAUUUUCCUAAGCGAGGGCCACGUCGUACUGCAGAUUGCGUACGGCGGUGGUGUCGUGAUGAAAAUGACUUCUUCGUUGAAGUAUAAUUCUGGCAAUUGGACGAAGGUCGACGCAUUUCGGCAAUAUCAGCCACGCACGGGUAUGGAGAAGUGUAGUUUUAGCGUCAACGGCGAAAGUGACAAGAAAAUCGGAGAACCAACUCCGCGACAGGAAGACAUACCUGAUUUGUCGAACGCCAAAUUCUUCAUAGGCGGUGUCCCACCGAGCUUUCGUGUUGACAAUUUUACCCUGCCGACUCGAGUUUCAUUUUUAGGCUGCAUAUCCAAUAUUCUCGUUCAAGAAGGUUACGAUCCAAUGGCCGAACAAUACUAUGGAGUCGAACCUGGUUGUAAAAUUAACAAGCCUGUGACCAUCGUUGGUUUUUAUGGCAACGGUUUUGUUGAACUUGCGGGCAGAGAUCUUCGAAAAAAGACAUCGUCUCUAGGCUUUUCGUUUAGGACAUUACAAGACUACGCUGUGUUAUUACUAUCGACCUUUGAGGGACCUGAAGAGCGACUUUUUGGCAUUCCAAAGCAAGAUACUACUUUAAUCAAGGACAACUAUUAUUCCGUUGCAGUGAUUGACGGUCAUUUAGAGGUACGCGUCAAUAAUGGUAAAGGUGAAGCUGUUUUGCAAUCGAAUGGCACAUUUAACGAUGGCAAAUAUCACACUGUCAUUGUGAAUAAGAAAAGAAAAGAAAUUGAGCUGAGAAUCGAUGAUGCUUAUCAAAUGAGUGAGAAACUGUCGAUUCCAGACGCAGUGAGAGCUCCGAAAUUAGGUGGAUUAUUUUUCGGAGGUUUGCCGCAAUUGAUUAUGAGUACUAAGAAAAUUUCUACGAAAACAUCACUACAAGGCGCGAUUAAAGACUUUAUUUACAAUGACGAUUCAAUUUUGAAUUUCGGCGAUGCUGUAUCGUUUGAACAUGCAUUUAUUGGUCGGCCCGGUCCUACAAUGGGCAAAGAUUCGUCGAUGUAUUCGCAAUCGGCCUCUUUAGCUAGAGGAUUAUCGACCCAACCGGAAGGCUGCCGAAAAGUCCCAUAUUAUUCAUUAGAACCUGGUGCAUUGAAAUUCGGCGACAAAGCAAAUAGCCACACCCAGCUGUAUCUGAACUUUGAGGAUUUUUGGUUACAAAAGAAAAAAAUAGAAUUCGAUUUCCGAACUUACUAUCCUGACGGUCUUCUAUUCAUCACUCCGGGCGUUCGACUGAAAAACUAUUUAGCCGUCGUCAUUCGAGAUGGUCAAUUAUCAUUGGUCAUUAAAAGCAAACAAAAAAAAGAGAUACUAUUCAAAACGCCAUUCAACGAUGGCAAUUGGCACCACGUGACGAUCGGACACGGAGGUAGAAAAUUGACGAUGAUCGUCGACGCGCAAACUCCGAUGACCAUCAAAGUGCCGAAGAAAAUCGGUUUAACAAACGUCAUGUACAUCGGAGGUAUACCAGAGAGCGGCACACCGUUACCGGAUAGCGUCGUUGCCAAACUUCAGACUCUCAAAGGUUGCAUUCGAGGUCUCAAAGUCAACGGAAACGUAUACGACAUGGUUGGUUCCACUAGCCGACCUUACAACGUUGGCCAAUGUUUUCCCAACGUCGAAAGUGGUGCUUACUUUCACGAAGAGGCCUACGCCGUUUACAAAAAAAACUUUAAACUUGAUGUAAUAUUGGAGCUUCAAUUGGAAAUUCGUACAUCUGAGUUGAGUGGAGUUCUCUUGUUCAUAUCCGGAUCCGAAGGUUCACCCUCCUUAUCAUUAGAGUUGCACGAAGGAAAAGUUGUCAUGUCCAGUGAUACCGGUGACAACCAGGUUCUGCAGGUUGAACAAAACUUCCUUAAUCCGUACACCAUAUGCGACAAUAGGUGGCAUAAAAUUCAAGCCGUUUACAACGACGGCGAACUAACCCUCAGAGUCGAUGAGUUGGAUGAGAAGUACGGCCUACCGAUCAAGACUGAUUCGCCAUUCGUGGCAACUUCCAUAACUGGUUCUUUGUACAUUGGUGGCUUGCCAGUUUCAGCGCCAAAAGCGAGCACCCCGUUGACGAGGGACCACUUCAACGGAUGUAUGCGCAACAUCAUGAUCGGUGGUGAGCGACGCGAUUGGACUGAUAUGUCGGAGCUUCACAAUAUACACCUCAAUACGUGUCCUGUACAGUGAAGCGAGAUCUCUGCUUUUCCAUUUCAUAAUUCUAAGUUUCAAUUAAAACGAUGACAUUUUUCGUCAUAAACCAAAUCCAAAGACUACGAGUCAAAAGAAAAACACGUGAAUCCAAGUUCACCUUUUGAUAAUACGCUUUUGAAGAACAUCGUUAUUUGUCAAUACACUCUUUCGAUGCUUUGUUCAUAUAGAAAAUAGUUGUUUUCAUGCGUUUUAUAGUUUUAAAUUCGAAAGGUUUAAAAGUACUUUUUAUUCAAAGAAUUUUAAUUCAUAGUUUUAAUGUCAGUAGGGGCACGGGGACGCUUAUAAUCCACUACUCCUACUAAUACCCAAUCUUGAAUAUUUUUUGUAUAAGUAAAAAACUGCCAUAUUAUGUAAUAUGUAUUUUCAGUUAUAAGUUAAACAUUAUAAAUCAGUAUUUUAUGAAUUAUCAUUAAUGUUUUUAAUAACAUUUUUAACGAGUGAUAGGUGUUUAUAAAAAUAA